AUGACGUUGGCCGAUGUACGUCCACUUCUAAGCGACUUUGGCGAGGCCUUCGCUCCUGCCUCAAAGGUUCGACUCGGACAAGACUGUCACACACCUCCGGCCUUUCGCUCCCCAGAAGCCAGAUUUGAGCCACAAAGGCCGCUCACAUACUUCUCAGACAUCUGGAGCUUAGCUACGGCAAUAUGGGAGUUUCUGGGAAUGAAAGCUAUCUUCAGUAUUGAGAUAGUUCCCGACGAUGAAAUCGUGGCACAACAUAUAGAUGUACUGGGACCAAUGCCUAGGGAGUGGUGGCUGCGUUGGGAGGGGAGAAGCAAGUUCUUUACAGAGGGUGGGCAUACAACAGACGCAUAUCUGGAUGAUAAAUGGCCUCCCCUUGAAGAGUCAUUCGACAUAGACAUACAGAAAUGGAGGAGAAAGUGGAGAGGUGUGGUUGAGGAGGAAGAGAGAGCCGCGUUUUUGGAUCUGAUCCGCAGAAUGUUGCUAUUCCGACCGGAAGCACGACCGACGGCUGAAGAUGUGCUCCAGUCGGACUAG